CUUGAUACGCAUGCGCACUGCAGCUACAGCCUGGCGACGUCAGAUGUGUGUAAACAACUAUCAGACAUUUAAGCAGUCGGCUGUCAGACAACACGCUUAAGGUCGUUCGAGCGACUAUGCAGCAUGAGCCCACAAGGACCUCACCUGUCUUCUUGCUAUGUGAUGGACGAGCCUGCCUGCUGUCUCACAACUUUGCUGAGAGUCUGCCGACUGAGAUGAGCGUGAAGAUCUUUGGCGAGCUGGAUGCGGAGAGCCUCUGCAGCGCCUCCAGCACCUGCAAGCUGUGGCACGACAUCAUUGAGGACAGCGAGCAGCUGUGGAGGAGACAGUGUCUCCUGGUUAGAGCUGUCUGUCAGAGGGAAGUGGACAGCGACCGCAAGGACGGACUCUCUUGGAAGUGGUCCUCCUCAGCAUCGCUCAGCCUCCUCGAAAACUGGACCCCCACGAGAGGCGUCAAAAUGGACGACGUGCCGGCCAUCGUCAACAUCUCCAUCUCGCUGAGGAUCCAGCCCAACGAGGGUCCCGUCUUCUUCAAGGUGGACGGGACCCGCUUCGGCCAGACCAGAACCAUCAAACUGCUGACGGGAUCCAAGUACAAGAUCGAGGUGGUGGUCAAACCUGGAACCGUCGAGGCCACCAACAUGAACAUCGGCGGCAUCGUGUUCCCUCUGGAACAACAGUCCAGAGACGACGACUCUGUGGUGUAUCACGGCAAAUACGACACUGAAGGCGUCCCUCACACCAAAAGUGGAGACCGGCAGCCCGUCCAAGCCAGCAUUGAGUUCAACAAGGCGGGCACGUUUGAGACGGUGUGGCAGGCCAAGUAUUACAACUACUACAAGAGGGAGCACUGCCAGUUUGGGAACAAGUUCAGCAGCAUUGAAUACGAGUGCAAACCCAAUGAGACGCGAACCCUCAUGUGGAUCAACAAGGAGGCCUUCAAUUGAAGCUGGCAACGUCGCGUACAAGCGUGCUAUUGCUCUUGUUUGAUUUGCCACACUGGACUCUCAAUACGGACCAAGAUUUAUUUAUUGAUGUUAUUUAUUGUGAGGGGAGGUUUGUCGUGUAUCUAAUGGUGUAAGAUGUUGCUUGUGAAUUGUGUGACCAGAAGUAGAAGACACAGCAAACACUACAUGAUGGGAAGGACAGUCAUCAUGUGUUUGUUUGCUUCUUUUCCUCUUUAUUUUUUCUUGCAAAAUUAAGUUGUUUCAUUGGUUUUUCAUGACUUUUCAUCAAACUCUGUUGUUUUGUCAUUAAGUCAUUAUUAAAAAGCAUCUGACAAUAAAGACUUCCAACCUUCA